CACCUCACCAACUCGCCACCUCCUACCCUACUUUCUUUUUUUUUUUUUUAAUUUUGAACAAAAAGCCCUGGUAUUCCUGUUCACAGGCAGUUUCACAUGUGCUGCAUGAACCAGCAAGACGAAGGAUAAACCUUCAGUUUGCAUUUGCCGCCCAACGUAGCAGCAUGUUUCUGCUGUAUAUUUACAUCUGUACCAGCCUCAUGCUGACCCUCCCUCAGUGGACGCAUCAGUCAUGCACAGAUGGGACACCCAGAGAGUGCAAAGAAGCUGAAUUUGCUCCAGGUACUAAUCUGGCCGGGGAAGGUUUCGACAUCACCAAAAUGGAGCGUAAGGGGGCCUUUGUGCUCAACAUGAAUCAGUGGCAACGAAAGGACAAAACAUGCAUGCUGUGUAGUAACCCCUAUCUGGAGAACAAAAGGCAAAAGCUCCCCCUGUUAGUGGUGGACUGGAGGGCACAACAGUCCUGCAGCACAAAAGUGGGCAGUAAACUUCACCGAUCCAGCGAGUCUCUGGUCAGUUCCAGCACCUCUUCUGUGGAAAACAACUGGAAAACCAAUCUAGAACUUAAUGUGGGUGGAAAAAGCGGCUCGGCGAUGCUGGCUGGCACCCAUUCCAAACUGGCGGAUUAUUCCAUGGAAAGAACGAAGAAUGACAAGUUCAGCUUCACAAGCCAAAGCAUCUCCUGCGAGUACUACAGCUACAGAGUUUCCAACUCUCCCAAAUUGCACAAAGAGUUUAACAAAGCAGUGAAAAAGCUCCCAAAAGUCUACAGUCCUGAAUACAAGCAGCGAUUUUAUAAACUGAUUGACAACUUCGGGACCCAUUACAUCAGCAAGGUGAAAUUGGGAGGAAGCGUUCAGUCUGUGACCAGCAUCAGGCAGUGCCAGGCCAGCCUGCAGGGCCUCAGUACGGAGGAGGUGGAGAUGUGCCUGGAAGCUGAAGCGUCCGCAAGCGUCAAAGUCACAGUAAACACUCAAGCAAAACACUGCAAGAAGGACUCAGAGAAGAUGGAAAGUAAGACAUCCUUCUCCAGCCUCUUCAGUGACAGGCUCACAGAAAUAAAGGGGGGUCAUACCAUGGAGCCAGAUCUUCUCUUCUCUGCCGACAAAGAUCCAGCGGCCUACAAGGAAUGGCUAAACACUGUACCACAGAACCCAGACAUAGUUUCAUCUUCCCUGAACCCGCUUCAUGAGUUACUGCCUGAGAACACAGCUGCCCGGAAGAACCUGCGCUCAGCCAUUAGCCAUUACAUCCUGGAGAAAGGUCUGUGGAGGAACUGCAGUGAGCGCUGUCAGGCCGGCAUCAGGAGCGACUCCAGAGAUUCCUGUGUCUGCCAAUGCCACAACGAGCCUGCUGUAAACCAAGACUGCUGCCCGACCCGUAAGGGCAUGGCAAGGGUUAUCAUAACGGUACAACGGGCCUCCGAUCUUUGGGGUGACCACACCACAGCCACAGACGCUUACGUGAAGGUGUCCUUCAACGGGCAGAUGGUCUGGCGAUCUCCGGUCGUUUACAACAACAACAACCCACACUGGGGCACGGUCCUCGAUCUGGGCCCUCAGGAUUUGUCUUCAGGACCAAGAGUGAGAUUUGAAGUGUGGGAUGAAGACAACAGCUGGGACGACGACCUGCUGGGAGAAUGUGAGCAAGUUCUGUCUGCUGGAGUCAAGGAGGAACUCUGUAAUCUGCAGCAUGGCUGGCUGUUCUACAAAUGGGAGGUGAAAUGUGCCCCGAGUCUGAGCGGAAAUUCAUGCACAGAGUAUAAACCUUCGCCCAUGAGUCAAAGUCUGAAGAAGCUGUAUGUGUCCCGUCAUGCCCACCCUAUUCCAAAGGCCAUACUGUUAGAGAUGGGUGUGUUUGUGGACGAAUCGAGUUCACAGAGAAACCAGAGUCUCACUGUCCCACAAAUCUGAUGUGAUAUAGCACCUAUGUCUGGCUUUACUGAGGUUAACACUGUAACAUGAAUCUUUUAUUCAGCUUUUACUCAUAUUUAUGCCUUAUUUUCUAUAUACUGCUGUAUUAUUUGCAGAUUUAAAAAGAUCAUGUCUGCAAAUUUUAUGUAUUGCACAAUCACUUAUUAAAGUAUUUUAUGUAUAAAUAUAUAUAUAUAAUGUGCCAGUGUGUGUUAUGCAUUUAAGUGCAUUAUUACUUGGCAUGAUGUUUGUUUGACCACAAUAAAAGAACAAUAUC